CGUCAUACUUGAGCUUACUACUAUCGUUUUCUUUUCCGACAAGGGCUAAAUCGGAUUGGCGCUUUGCAAAUCACUUGAUUUGUUCUCCAUGCCUAAAAAAGUAUCCUUCAUCUUUGCCUAGACAUAAUGUCAUAUGGUCGUUUCUCGAUGACAAUAUUCAAAGAGUGAUGUGAAUUGAUUUGGGUGAGAAAAUAAUAAUUACAGUGGUUGGUUAAUAUAUAUAUAUAUAUAUAUAGGUUAUCAAUAAAUCAGUUUUGUAUGAUCAUGUCACGUAAUCAAAGUUCGCCACCGUCACCACCACAGAUUUACGCUAUCGGAGUUGGUCUACCACGUACAGGAACAACAAGUUUACAUGCUGCUCUUGAAAUUCUAUAUCAUGGACGGUGUUAUCGACUGUUUGAAGAUAUGCGAACACGAAGAGAUGAUGUAGCUAAAUGGCAACGUUUAAUGGAUGAAGCGAAAUCCUCGAAAAAUGCAAUCAUUAAUAAGAAUACUGUUUAUGAAAUAUUAUCAGGCUUUAAUAGUAUGGUUGAUUUGCCCGGGUCUGUACUACACAAAGAAAUGCUACAAAUAUUUCCAAAUGCAAAAUUCAUUCUCUCUUGGAGAGAUAAACACGAAUGGUUGAGUAGUAUACGUGAAACAAUAUCGCUGCCUAGAAAGGAAUUAUUUGCUGAAGGCAUAGUUGGGCAAUUUAUUAUCGGAUUACUUGUUGGUACAGGAAUGCAACAAUUAAUUGACAAUACAUUAUACUAUGCCUAUGGUAAAGAAUUCGACCAUCAUGAAGAUGAUGAAACAUGCUUAAAAUUAGCUGAAUUAUACAUAGAAAAGGUGAAAAGAAAUAUUCCGCCGGAUCAAUUACUAAUACAUCAUUAUAAAGAUGGUUGGGAGCCUUUAUGCAAAUUUCUUAACUUGCCUAUCCCGCAGCAACCGUAUCCGUUUAAAAAUGAACGUCAAGAAAUUAAAGGCCUGCUUAAGUAUUUACGUAUUAUGGUGUUUACUGCGAAUUAUGCAAUUCCUGUUAUCUGUAUACUAGGUGUUGCAUGGUUGGUUAAAAAAAUAUUUUUCUAGCA